AGUUCCUGGUGCGUCACGGGGGAGUUCCUUAAAGGGGAAGUGAGCCGGACUACAGGGCUAGUGUGGGGUGCCGUGGUCGGUGGGGCAGGCCCCCCGCGCUUUAAAAUAAUGCCCGCGGCGCCCACGCUACCAUGCAAUGGCGAGCGCUCGUUCUGGGGCUGGUGCUCCUCCGGCUCGGCCUCCAUGGGGUUCUGUGGCUCGUGUUCGGGCUGGGGCCCAGCAUGGGCUUCUACCAGCGCUUUCCGCUCAGCUUCGGCUUCCAGCGCCUGAAGGGCCCCGACGGCUUCGCAUCGCAUGAUUCGGGGCCCGCGGGCCGGCCCGGGGAGCCGUCGGGGCCCUCGUGGUUGCAGCCUCCGGGUCCCGGGGCGGCGGGCGCCCGGAGCCGUGCCCCAAGGCGCCCCAGGCCGGGUGUGUGCGGCUCGGCCCACUGGGGCUACCUGCUGGGCUGCCGGGGCCGCGGGCCGGACGAGUAUGAGAAGCGCUACAGCAGCGCCUUUCCGCCUCAGCUGAGAGCCCAGAUGCGCGACCUGGCGCGCGGCAUGUUCGUCUUCGGCUACGACAACUACAUGGCGCACGCCUUUCCCGAGGACGAGCUCAACCCCAUCCACUGCCGCGGCCGGGGGCCAGACCGUGGGGACCCGUCAAAUCUGAACAUCAAUGAUGUCCUGGGGAACUACUCCUUGACGCUUGUUGAUGCGUUGGACACACUUGCAAUAAUGGGAAAUUCAUCCGAGUUCCAGAAAGCUGUCAAGUUGGUCAUCAACACAGUUUCAUUUGACAAAGAUUCCACUGUCCAAGUCUUUGAGGCCACAAUAAGGGUCCUGGGAAGCCUCCUCUCUGCCCACAGAAUCAUAACUGACUCCAAGCAGCCCUUUGGUGACAUGACCAUCGAGGACUAUGAUAAUGAAUUGUUGCACAUGGCUCGUGACCUAGCUGUGCGCCUCCUCCCAGCCUUUGAAAACACCAAGACAGGCAUCCCCUAUCCUCGGGUGAAUUUAAAGACAGGUGUUCCUCCUGACAGCAAUAAUGAGACGUGCACGGCAGGGGCUGGCUCCCUCCUGGUGGAAUUUGGGAUUCUGAGCCGACUCUUGGGGGACUCCACGUUUGAAUGGGUGGCCAGACGAGCUGUGAAAGCCCUGUGGAACCUCCGGAGCAAUGACACAGGAUUACUAGGCAACGUGGUCAACAUUCAGACAGGCCACUGGGUUGGAAAGCAGAGUGGCUUGGGUGCUGGCCUGGAUUCCUUCUAUGAAUACCUCUUGAAGUCUUACAUUCUCUUCGGAGAAAAAGAAGACCUAGAAAUGUUUAAUGCUGCAUAUCAGAGUAUUCAGAACUACUUAAGAAGAGGUCGGGAGGCCUGUAAUGAAGGAGAAGGAGACCCCCCACUCUACGUGAAUGUGAACAUGUUCAGUGGGCAGCUGAUGAACACCUGGAUCGACUCUCUGCAGGCCUUCUUCCCUGGACUGCAGGUCCUAAUAGGGGACGUGGAAGAUGCCAUCUGCCUACACGCCUUUUACUAUGCCAUAUGGAAGCGAUACGGAGCCCUCCCCGAGAGGUAUAACUGGCAACUGCAGGCCCCUGAUGUGCUGUUCUACCCACUGCGACCCGAGUUAGUGGAAUCUACGUAUCUCCUCUAUCAGGCAACCAAGAAUCCCUUCUACCUCCACGUAGGAAUGGACAUUCUGCAGAGUCUGGAAAAGUACACAAAAGUCAAGUGUGGAUAUGCCACGCUGCAUCACGUCAUAGACAAGUCCAAAGAGGACCGGAUGGAGAGCUUCUUCCUCAGUGAGACCUGCAAGUACUUGUAUCUGCUAUUUGAUGAAGAGAAUCCAGUGCAUAAAUCUGGAACCAGAUACAUGUUUACAACUGAGGGACACAUUAUAUCUGUGGACAGACAUCUUCGGGAGUCACCCUGGAAGGAAUUCUUUUCUGAAGAGGGCGAGCAGGACCAAGAGGGGAAACCCGUGCACCGGACCAAGUCUCACGACGUAAAAGUCAUCAAUGCCAGCUCCAAUUGCAAUCGUGUUCCUGAUGAGAGAAGAUACUCUCUGCCCUUAAAGAGCAUUUACAUGCGGCAGAUUGACCAGAUGGUUGGUUUGAUUUGAUCUGCUAUCCUCGAGUAGCCUCACUUUAAACCAGUCAUUGACGACUGAUGCCGAAACCCUGCUGAGAUCCAGUCUGAAGUGGAAGGAAAAGGACAGAUGUCUGGUCAUCCACGAUGGUGUAGGGAGUUCUGUCCAACUGCUUACCCACAUAACAUUAAUUCUUGCAAACUUUUAACUCUUCAAUUGAAUAAAAUGCCCUAUU